UUCGACGGGUAGCGCUGAUCCUGGCCCGCUGGGGUCGCCACUUUAUGGCAUCCGCGGCAAGUGUGAGCGAGUGAGGGACGCGCCUAAAGUGACGGGAUAGUGGAUGGAUAGGCGGGCAGCGAAGCUCGCCGGGACUCGUGGCCAGUGAGGCCCAGCCGGGAGCCUGGCGAGAGGGUUGCUCGGGCCGGCGGAGGCAUGCCAGUGGUCGCCAGCCCAACAUGAGGACGUCCUCCUGCGUCGACUACUACUUACUCUCUCUGGUCUGCUGGGUCGUGCUCGGCAUCACCGGGGUUAGCACGAGAUCGCACUCCCUGGUGAAGCGAUACGGCGGACUUUACACUGGUCCCUACAUCGACGCACACAACGUGACGAACGUCACCGUGCAACUCGGCACACACGCCUUCCUGCCCUGCAAAGUUCGCCAAAUCGGUAACAAAUCGGUGUCAUGGGUAAGGACAAGGGACGCGCACAUAUUGUCAGUAGACAGGACAGUAUUCAUCGCCGACGACAGAUUUGAAUCGCACUUCUACGAUUCGAUAAACACAUGGAUUCUACAAGUGAGGUACGCACAAGAACGCGAUGAGGGCGAAUACGAGUGCCAGAUAUCGACGGAACCGAAGCUGAGUCACACGGUGAAGCUAAUCGUCGUUGUGCCAAAAAUCGAAAUCCUGGGCGACAAGGACAGGUACGUGAAGACGGGCAGUACUGUCGUUAUGCAGUGCGUGCUGAAGAACUCGUUGGAGGUGCCGUUCGACGUGUUCUGGUACCACGAAGUGCGGCAGCUGCACAUCCGCAAGGGGAAGAUGAAUAUACAGACGAAGCUAAUCGAGGGGACGAACGAUACGGCGAGUAACCUGACGAUCCACAACGCCGGCCCCGAAGAUUCCGGCAAUUACACCUGUCGACCAAGUAACCUCGAGAGCGUCAGCGUACAGCUCCACGUGCUCAAUGGUGAGCAUCCUGCGGCGAUCCAGCGGGGCAUAAGCUCGGUUCCGGGUUGCUGUCGCAUCCUCUGCUGGUUCCUGGGCGCCUUCAGCCUCACCGCCAGCGAGUCGGAACGCGCCCGACUCUGUGGCAUCCUCCUCCUGGGCCUCGCGGUCGCCGUCACCCAGAGCUACCUGUCGGAUGCCUGGCCUCGAUGAAGGCCCAUCGGGCCCCAUCCGCCCGGGACC